GCCGCCAAUCCUCAUCCACGGUCGUCAGCGAGAUCAUGGGGACGGGCUGGGCGUUCGUGUACGGCGGCGCGCUGCUGCUUCGCGCCGCCAGCAUCUUCUCCAUGGGCAUGGUCCAUCCCGACGAGUUCUUCCAGUGCCCCGAGGUCAUGGCCCGCGCCGUCUACAACAUCUCAAGUGCCUUCAUCCCAUGGGAGUACCAACCGUCGGCGCCGAACCGCUCGAUUCUCUUUCCGUCCAUUGUUGCCGGCCUCCCGUACGCAGUGGCGAAAGCGCUCGGUGUCGCGCCGUCCGGUCUGCUCUUUUUGCUGGUGCCACGUGUCAUCUUGACCUUGCUCUCGCUCGGCUUUGAUAUCGCCCUCUACACGCUCGCGCCUCUGUAUGGCAUCGACUACAAGGGCCCGCUCCUUAUCUUUGCCACGUCGUGGACGACGCUUCUCUUGCUCACGCGAUCGUUCUCCAACACGUUUGAAGCCUUUCUGCUCAUGCUGAGCUUUCUCGUGCUGCAUGUCAUGACGCCGCGGCAGUAUGCUGGCGUCGCAUCGCGCCAGACACUGCUUCUCGGCGCGCUCUUGGCCUUGGGCUCCUUUACGCGAUUUACUUUCCUCCUCUUCUUCUUCCCACUCGGCCUCGCGCUUGUCGCCUCCAACGACACGCUGCUGUGCGCGUCCUUGUCGAAAAAGUCGGAUGACCACUCGCCUAGCCUGCGCCAGCGCCUUCUCGGUGUCUGCGCGACGGGUCUUGGCGGCGCUGGAGCGUUCGUCCUCACGUCCGUCGGGAUCGUGCUGGUCGACACGUGGUUCUUCCGAGGCCUUGACGCUCUCUACGACGUACCGUCGUGGGUCGUCGCACCGUGGAACAACCUUGUGUACAAUAUGAAUCCUGCCCACUUGGCCGCCCAUGGCCUCCACACCCGAUCGAACCACUGGUUGAUCAACAUGCAGCUGCUCUUUGGCCCGCUCCCAGCACUCGCUCUGCUCUACGGUCGCCGCCACCGCCUCCUCGUCGCCUCGAUCGUCGUGCCUGUCUCACUGCUCUCGCUGGCACCGCACCAAGAAGCGCGGUUUCUUUUGCCAGUGCUGGUUCCGCUCAUGCUCGCCAGUGGGCCCGCGAUGGCUGCGUCCACGCUGCUGCAGCGAUCAUCCAUUUUAUAA